CUAGGUUAUUGCAACAAUUAUUUUUCAGACACUAAUUGCACUUGAACACGUUAUGUUCUUGAAUUGCGGAACGGAUCGAAAAUGAAACAAACACUGAUCAUCAUAACAUUAGUGACUCUCGCCGACGGUUUCAAACAAAAGUUUUUCUCACAAAGUUUGGACACGGAGCCAUCGAUAUCAAUACUGUACGCACGCGACAAAAGAAGCGACAAAAUAACAAACGAAUGUCUGAUAGAAAUGUAUCCGAAGAACUUGUAUAAAUAUCCUCUACACAUAGAUAGAAACGAUAUACCGUGCAUAAUCCAUUGCGUGUUGAAAAAGUUUGGUAUCAUGACCAACGAUGGUUUUAUUAACAUCAAGAACUAUUACCGAAGAGUACAAGCCAUCCAUCGAUACGAUCCUAGGAUUUUGAUCUCGGAUGUCGGCGAAACUUGUGCGCAAAACAUAAAUGGCAUGAACCUCGACCACGACGUUUGUAAGAAGGCGAAAAUAUUCAAUGAUUGUACACAAUUGUACGCAAUUUCCUACAGAGAACCCGAAGAGUGGAGGUGAUAUUAAUAUAAGAAUUUUCUAUAACUGACGUAGAAUUUUUAUGAAGUAUUUACGAGCCAGUUCCAAAAUGUAAACAAUUAUCACUCAUGAAAGCACUGUAGUAAGCAAUUAUUUAUAAGAUUUGUAUUUUUAUAUAUACACAACAUCACGCAUUUUAUGCCCGAAGGGGUAUGCAGAGGCGCA